GGAAAAAUACUUGCCUCCGAUUUUGUCAUUUUUCUUCCCUCUAUUUUUUCUUUCCGUAUAUUUCAUUCUCCUUUUCACUCACUCUCGCUCUCCCCUGCUAUGGAUUGAUCUGUGGACCGUCACCAACCCAAAUCCCCGAACAGUUAGAGAAAGAUAUAGACUGCUUUUACUCAUUCAAGUCUUUAGUUUUAUCUUAGCUCUUUAACCUUUUUGUUUGAUGAAUGCUUUAUUCCAAAACACUUUCUCUCUUUUACCUUUCUUGGAAUUCACUCUUCGUUUGGUGCCUCUGCAUACUGGUUAAGGCCUUUGAGCCUUACCCUUUUCUUUAACAAUGGGGAAUUGUCUUACCCACUCAAAGAAAUUGAAUGCUGAGAUCGCUCCUUAUGAUUUCAUCAAAUCCACCACCGCUGUUAAAUUGUAUGGCUCUCCCAAUGCAGCCUGCACUGCCUAUAUUCGCUUUGCCCUUCUUUAUAAGACCAUGUCUCUCCAUUUUAUCCCCACCACUGAUACUCAACCGACACUCCAAAUCGGUUCUGUAACUAUUUCGGGAACACGCGAGAUGGUGCUUCGAUUUAUCGAUUCAAAAUUGCCACAGCCGCCGUUGGUAAUGAAGGAGAGAGAAGGGUUUGGUGAAACGACGCCGUGGAUAGUAAGGGCAGUGGUGUUGCAACAUAGGAGCAUGAGGUGGCACCUGGAGAGGAUGGUGAGGUGGGGAGGCGACCUAGCGACACGUGGAGGGAGAAAGGCUGUGGAUCCGGCGAUGGGUACUCCGAGGAUGGAGAUAAGAAAAUUUAGCAAGAGCUACUCGCAGUUGCUGGAGUUCAUGCUUGAACAUGCGCAGAUGGAAGAGCGCGUUGUUUUUCCAAUCCUUGAAAUGGCUGACCGAGGGUUAUGUAGAGCUGCAAAUGAAGAGCAUGCAAGGGACCUACCUAUCAUUAAUGGAAUCAAAGAAGAAAUCAAAUCCAUUGGAGUUCUAGAUACUGGAAGCCUUCACUAUCAAGAUGCUCUCUGCAACCUUUCUACUCGGCUCAAAUCAUUACUGGAACAUUGUAAAGAGCACUUUGAGGAAGAGGAGAGAGAUGUACUGCCAUUGAUGGAAGCUGUGGAGCUAACCAAAAAGCAGCAACUGAGGGUUCUGGAGCAGUGUUUUGAUUUAAUGCAGGGAACUAAUUCACAUUUGUUCAACUUCCUAAUUGAAGGCCUUCUCCCUUGGGAAGCUGUGCAUUAUUUGGAUUUGAUCUUGAUAUGCAAAGAUGAAGAAAAAGCAGCCUCCAUGCUUUGUAGGAUCAUUGAAUGAGAGAUAUAGAGGCUGGAUUACAUAAUUUUAUAUGUUCAUAGAAUUAACGGUGUUCCUUUAAUUACUCAUAUAGGGAAGAAAAUAAUAUUAGUUUGUAAUGCUUUGUAUUUGCAUCUCCAAUGUGCAUUUUGAGAUUGGUAUUUGCUUGUUUGUAAUGGCAUUUUAAGAAUGCUUAUAUGUGCAA